UGUUAUGCUUAUUACAAUUGCAUAAUACAAACUCUGAUCGUACAUUUAAUUCCCUAGUCCUACAGAAACUUCACUUGUUAUAGUAGAAAGCAACAAAUCAAAGAUAGUUGUAUCUGGUCCCAUUAAAGGCAUCAUAAAAUUGCAAGUAGAUUUAAUAAUAUGUUUGAAUAAAACUGUUUAAAUGAAUAUGCAUACCCAUGUGAGCCAUUCCUAGAAAGCGCUGGGUUCUCUUUUCUUUUUCUUUCUAGAUUGAAUCAUGUUAUUGUAGAAUCUUUAGUUUUUAUGAAAUUAGUUAGUUAUACUCAUUACACCUAUUACGAUAGCAUUAAUAAUUUUAAUAUAACAAAAUUGAGAAUUAAAAUCAGAAGCAUCUUUCCCACGACAUAAAACAGCAAGGAAGCGUUACGAUCGUAUAUCGUAACGCACCGUUAUUUUUGCAUACACUACCAUGGAACUUGUACACUCCAAAAACGAUGCGUGUGCGCUGUGAGUUCUAAGUGAGUGUUGGAUCUUUUAUUUCCAUUGGUAUGAAAAGUAUAAACGUUUCCGAGGCACAUGUUUUCUCUGUUUUACUCAAUGGGUAAGAUUGUAAGCUGGCUUCGGGUUUUCACGAAUUCCAGAAAUAGAGAACCACGGGAAUGUACGCAGCCAUUAUGCAUAGAGCAAGCAUCCUGGCAGUGUCGCACGUUCAUUGUUCCGCUACUGUUGCCCAAGUAUUGCCCCUUGUUGGAUGAUAACUUGUGUUUCAAAGCGGGAGUAAUUGUGCGUUUAAUUCAGUGAUAGUGAUCAAAACCGUUAUCUACGUUAAUUAGAUCUGUGUGUUGUGUUCUGAAGGUUGUGCCACAUAUAAAACAGUGUUUAUAGUAAUGAAAGAAAGAUAAAGAUGACUGUUUGAAGCUAAAUGAACAAAUGAUUGCAGCAUCGAAAUUUAAGGCACCAUAUCAGCGUGAAAGUGAAAUGGAGCACCAAUGAAAGCAACUUAUUGCGCCUAAAAUGUUAAACAGAAGUAUCGAGACGUCACGUAAGGUUAAGUCGAGCUACAAGGGACAGCGGACAUGGUAGAGAACGCCAUGACACGGGAUAGCGAAAUACCGGCCAUUUUCAACCCGAAACGCGUUCGUGCUCCGUCUGUUGUGGUGACAGGAGACUCCCCAAAUGGACCCUUUGGAGGUUUCACGAACAACGUGCCACAGAUUACACAUUCGGAUUCGGUGACCUCGAGCCAGCACGAUGGUCAGGACAGUCUGAUCGGCAUCACGGUGACCGGUGGAAUGCACGGCGGUUGUGAUACACCGACCUCACAGCCACAUGCGCUCCUCGGUGGUGGGGGCGGUCUGGGAACGGGCAUCGGUGGUGGCCCUGGCUCAGUGAACCCAGCACCGUCGAGUCCACCCUCCACCUCGCGCUUAAAGGCCUGUCGGGCUUCGUGCUGCUCGGAGUUGGCGCAGAAGAUGUACUUCGGUGUGUGCGUUACAGUACUAGUGACGGCCUCGUGGGUUGGUGCAACUCACUGCAUCAAGUUCCUGUACCUGCGCCGAAAUACCUACGCUUCCACAUUACCUCCACACCUGACCGCGUUCAUCACCGACGGAACGACCGACACGGUAUCGGGUGUUGCGGCACCAGACCAAAACUCCACCUCGGCCAUGAUAGUGCACGGGUUUGGACCAACCUCGUCGUUUCUGCCCUCAACGGCCAAACCGAUUGUUACAUCCGAUCGUAUCGCACCCCCGGUUACGACGCACGUCUUCAAUGCGCCCUUCUUUGCCUCGUGGUUCUGUACCAACUUCGCAAUACUCUUCUUCCCGAUCUACAUUCUGGGGCGAGUUGCGAUCAAAAAGUGCGAUGGAACCGGCGAAGUGUUGGGCGAAAUACUGCGAGGCUUCCGUGACCGGGGCUUCACUAUAGGGCGCUUCCUGAAUCGUUGUCUCACGUUCUGCAUCCUGUGGCUACUCACCACGUAUCUGUACGCGCUCUCGCUCAAGGCCCUGCUGGCAACCGACGUGAUGGCACUGUUCGCGACGAACGUCGCCUGCGUGUACUUGCUGGCCUGGGUAAUACUGCAGGAACAGUUUGUCGGUGUGCGGAUUGUUGCUGUGAUACUUUGUGAUACGGGUAUUGCGCUGCUAGCCUACAUGGACGGAAUUACGGGUAGCCCGACGUUGGGCGGAGUGGUUUUGGCGGCCCUGGCCGCUGCCGGAUAUGCCGUCUUCAAAGUAAUGUUUCGCAAGGUGAUGGGCGAUCCGCCGGUCGGUCAGAUUGCGUUCACGUUCUCGAUUAUCGGCUUUCUGAACGCGGCCAUCCUGUGGCCAGUCUGCAUAGCGCUCUACUUUACCGGUGCCGAAAUUAUGCCCUGGGAAACCCUUCCCUGGGUGGUUCUGUUGAUGGCCAGUGUCUUACUGCUAGUAUUUCACAUCCUUACACAGUUCAGCAGUGCCGUUACGUACAACAUGUUCGUCACCCUGGGACUCAUAACGGCUGUACCCGUGUCGGCUGCACUCGACAUUGUGCUGUACGGGGCUCACUUUGCCGGUAUGAAGCUGGCCGGUAUCAUAUUGAUAGCAGUCGGUUUCUUUCUCGUAAUGUUUCCGGACAAUUGGCCCGAUUACAUCACCCGUUUGCUGCGAAAAACUGGUCGCGCAUUACUAAGAAACCAAUGUUGUUGUGAUACUGCUGAUAAUGAUUACGAAAAUUCGAAAUAUCAUCUUGUUGGGUCACAACGCGAGAUAUACUACAAAAGAGUCGGCCAGCCUUUUGUAGAAGGGAUAUUGUCGUUGCCUCACCCACCUCUACUGUCCGAUAGAACGUACAUCUGCACAACUCACCGUGUGUUUUGUGUGUAUCGCGUUGCCGAAUGUAGUUCUAGCUCUUCCUAAAGAUACAUUCGUUCGAAACAAAAACGAAACAUACAAAAACAUAUUGCCAAAUGAAACUAAAACUGCUAAAACGACUGCUAGAAGAAGCCCCAGUGCGAAGGAAGACGCUGUUUGAAGGCGAUCAAAGGUAAGUUAGUAUACUGCGCUGUACGAUAGUGCUCGUAACUCAGUAGUUCAACAACAUUAAUUGAUGAAAGCGGUUUUUCAGUAAACCAACACACGAUCGAUUGAUACACACUUAGUAGCUAAAUGAAAACCACUUCUUUUUCCUCUCAAUGUAUUUUCUCUCUUUCUUUCUCUUUCUCUCUCUCUUUCUCUCUCUCUCUCUUUCUCUCCUUCGCAAACUACUUAUUCUAUGAUGAACUAUGCCAUUACACCUACACUACGAACUCUUCUGCUCCACAAUCACCAAAAUGUUCCUUUUUCACUUCCCGCUACUAAUGUUUUGCAUAUUUAUUUGUAUUCACGAUAAUAAUCCUUCCAUCCUCCCAUGUGGGAUUUUUUGAGCUGACUGUUAAUGAUAAUGAUUAAUAUUACUUUUAACUGUCUGGGGCGUCCAAUGAAACCAAAUGCUGUAACAUGUGGGAAUACAUCAACGUCAUGAUCAACUUUCUGUGAUGUUCGUGGGACGUGGGAUGGCUGGGGUGGUUCUUGGAUGUGAUUGUUGCAAUUAUGUAUUCUCAGAUUAAUGCAGAAAUGGGCAAGCAAAACGUUAUGUUCCUCUUCAAACAUUCAUGCAAUGAUCCUCUCUUAACCGAACAAGUUAUGUUAGAAGUUUGAUGGUAAUCACAUUUUUCCCAACACGGAUUCAACACCUAAAACAUUUUCAAACUUAAACACUUAUGCAUAUAUUCACCUGGACUGUAUUGUAACCUGACAACAACGAAAGGUAAAAGAUUAACCUUCCCGCUAUACUAAUAUAUAUACGUUGUGCUGCUUUGCUUUCACCAUGUUUAAAUAUAUCCCUCACCUGUAGCUUAUUAUGUGUAUUUUUUAAUUCUCUAUAAACGAACAAACAGAAAAUACCCGAUCGAUGCACAUGAUUAUGUUUAUCUCUAUUGGCUUUGCCGCCUACAUAUGUCUCAUAAUAUUAGCUUUUUCUGCCUUUCCAUCACCUGUUUCAUUAUUUGCUUUGUCAAUUUUUAGUAUUAGAAACAUAGAUCUUCCCAUCGCAGUUAUAUUACAUGCGUAUAAUUUCCAUGUUUAAUUUUAUUCUUUUUUAUCCUAAUGUUCGCCGUGCUGUUUGCUUCAUUCAUCUCUCUUUCUCUCUAGCAUGUAAAAAACAACACAUCUAUGUUCAUAUGAGAUAGUCAUCCUGUUGAUUAACUUCGAGGGCGUCAUCAGCUAGUACUUCUAUGUUACUAAUCCCUCAUUUUCUAAUCUUCAUCUUCAUGGUUAAUGUAUUUUAUCCUUUGUUAUUUUUUUUCGUUCGACGUGAAAAUUUAAACUGAGAGAAAGAGAGCGAAAUGUAAUUCAUUGUUUAGAGAAGGAUAAUGUUCCAUCACAAAACUGUUGUGUACGGCAGUGAUGAAUCCUACCUUUAAUAGAUUGCUUUGCUUUCCUAAACAGAAAAACAAGAAAACAAGCGAUCGCUGCAGCAGCAGAUCGAACGUCCAGUUAUUCCAACAUUGGCUUCUUUAUGGCUGUACUAUCAAUUUUUGGUUCAUCUGUUACCCGUUUCCUCUCACCUGUAACCUAUACUUACAAUGUUUUAGUUUUGCAGAUCUUAUUUAUCAUCACCGCUUCUCUACACCGGCUUUAAUGUUGGUAAAAAAAACAGCUUGCCUGUUCCGUGCACUAAUCCUGCGCUGUUUUUUUUUUAUUUUUUCUGAUUUCUUUUCCAUCGCUACCCACCUAUUCCGCCCUCCUUCCUGC